AUGGACAGGGGUGAAGUGGUUGUUUUACAGCAAGGUUUUGUUGCUGGAGAUUACAAUACUCCUGGAGAGACGCCAUCCCCUAGAGCCAUACUGACAGGACAUGAAGCAGCUAUUUCUGCUCUUGCAGUAUCUGCGGAACAUGGACUUGUUCUCAGUGGAUGUGAAGAUGGCACGAUCUUGAUGCAUACUACUGCUGGAGAACUUCUACGAAGAUGGAAUGGUAAGCAGCGAGUGUCACAGUUGCUAAUGAGCCGAGAAUGCGUUGUAAUGGCAAUCUAUGGGCAUCAUCGCUUCAUCACUCUUACAACAACCGCAAAUCAACUGGAUGAGGCCGCGACUGAUGAAAAGUGA